AUGAGUCACUUGCGGUUGCUCGCUGAUACUCUGAAAUGUUGUGGCAUUUCUUCCUUGGUGAAGAAAAAUAUAAACAAGAAAGCAUUUCUGCCAAGUCGGCCUUAUGUUUCCCCUGGAGUCAAAGAACCAUUCUUGAGUGGGAGUAAUUCAAGCUAUGUUGAAGAAAUGUAUUACGCAUGGCUUGAAGACCCAAACAGCGUGCAUAAGUCUUGGGAUUUAUUUUUCCGUAAUGCUACUGCUAAGGCUCUUCCGGGACAACCCUUUCAGUCACCUUUGCCAGACCUUUCAGAAAGCAAAACAUCACUUAUCCAAAGCCAUGGGCUGACUAAAGCACCUGGUAAAGCCGAGAAGCUGGUUGAAGAUCAUCUGGCGGUCCAGUCGUUGAUUAGAGCCUAUCAGAUCCGUGGACACCAUGUGGCUCAGUUGGAUCCCUUAGGAAUCCUGGAUGCCGACUUGGAUUCAUUCAUUCCAUCGGAUUUAAUCACUACUAUAGAUAAACUGGAGUUUUAUGGCUUAUAUGAAUCUGACUUGGACAAAGUGUUCCGGUUGCCUACAACCACCUUCAUAGGGGGAAAUGAGACUAUGCUUUCUUUACGGGAGAUCAUCAGGCGACUUGAGAAUACCUAUUGUCAACACAUAGGGCUGGAGUUUAUGUUUAUUAAUGAUGUGGAACAGUGUGACUGGAUCCGGCAGAAGUUUGAGACUCCAGGCGUCAUGAAAUUUAACAAUGAAGAAAAACGGACAUUGUUGGCCAGACUGGUACGAUCAACAAGGUUUGAGGAUUUCCUUGCUAGGAAAUGGUCAUCAGAAAAACGCUUUGGUUUGGAAGGAUGCGAAGUAAUGAUUCCUGCUCUUAAAACUAUCAUUGAUAAAUCGAGUGAAAUGGGAAUUGAGUAUGUUAUAAUGGGCAUGCCGCACAGAGGAAGACUGAAUGUGUUGGCUAAUGUUAUCCGAAAGGAACUGGAACAGAUAUUUUGUCAGUUUGACCCAAAGCUUGAAGCAGCUGAUGAGGGAUCUGGAGAUGUAAAAUAUCAUUUGGGAAUGUACCACGAGAGGAUCAACCGAGUAACAAGCAAAAAGAUCACCCUGUCCCUUGUGGCCAACCCUUCUCAUUUGGAGGCAGUAGAUCCCGUUGUACAAGGAAAAACCAAAGCUGAACAGUUUUACCGAGGGGAUACUGAGGGAAGGAAGGUUAUGUCUAUACUUCUACAUGGAGAUGCUGCCUUUGCUGGCCAAGGAGUGGUUUAUGAAACUUUCCAUCUCAGUGAUCUUCCGUCUUACACCACAAAUGGCACUAUUCAUGUUGUGGUCAACAAUCAGAUUGGUUUUACUACAGAUCCGCGAAUGGCUCGCUCAUCUCCGUAUCCAACAGAUGUUGCUCGGGUGGUCAAUGCACCCAUCUUCCAUGUGAACGCUGAUGAUCCGGAAGCGGUGAUGUAUGUGUGCAGUGUUGCUGCAGAGUGGAGAAACACUUUUAAUAAAGAUGUGGUUAUAGAUCUGGUUUGUUAUCGAAGACGAGGCCAUAAUGAAAUGGAUGAACCCAUGUUCACUCAACCUCUGAUGUACAAGCAGAUUUCAAAGCAGGUGCCUGUGCUGAAAAAAUAUGCUGACCAGCUGAUUGCUGAUGGAGUCGUAACACUGCAAGAGUUUGAGGAAGAAAUUGCAAAAUAUGAUAAGAUUUGUGAAGAAGCUUACACCAGGUCCAAAGAUAAUAAAAUUCUCCACAUUAAGCACUGGCUUGAUUCGCCUUGGCCAGGGUUUUUUAACUUGGAUGGUGAACCAAAGAGUAUGACGUGUCCUCCCACUGGCAUCCCUGAGGACGUACUGACCCAUAUUGGGCAGGUUGCCAGCUCCGUACCCCUUGAAGGCUUCAAAAUACAUGGAGGACUUUCUCGGAUUUUGAAAAGUCGACUAGAAAUGACAACAAACCGGGUUGUGGAUUGGGCCCUGGGAGAAUACAUGGCUUUUGGAUCGUUAUUGAAAGAGGGUAUCCAUGUCCGGUUAAGUGGGCAGGAUGUAGAAAGGGGGACUUUCAGCCAUCGCCACCACAUGCUGCAUGAUCAAGAUGUUGACAAAAGGACCUGUGUUCCUAUGAAUCAUCUCUGGGAGCAACAGGCUCCUUAUACCGUAUGCAAUAGCUCUCUUUCAGAAUACGGGGUCUUAGGUUUUGAACUUGGUUUUGCGAUGUCAAGUCCCAAUGCGCUUGUGUGCUGGGAAGCUCAGUUUGGUGAUUUUCACAACACAGCACAAUGCAUCAUUGACCAGUUUAUCAGUUCUGGGCAAGCCAAGUGGGUUCGUCACAAUGGAAUUGUCCUCCUUUUGCCCCAUGGAAUGGAAGGGAUGGGCCCAGAACAUUCUUCAGCCAGGCCGGAGAGGUUCCUUCAGAUGAGUAAUGAUGAUCCUGAUGCAUUCCCACAAUUUGAUGAUGACUUUGAGGUUUCUCAGCUCUAUGACUGCAAUUGGAUUGUAGUGAACUGCUCAACGCCAGCCAGUUAUUUCCAUGUCCUCAGAAGGCAGAUCUUGCUGCCGUUCAGGAAACCUCUAAUUAUCUUCACACCUAAGUCAUUGCUGAGACAUCCUGAUGCAAAAUCCAGCUUUGAUGAAAUGGUGUCAGGUACCAGGUUUCAGCGUGUGAUUCCAGAAGAAGGAGUUGCAGCUGAAUCUCCUGAGGAUGUGAAUCGGGUGAUUUUCUGUACUGGGAAGGUGUAUUAUGAUCUUAUUAAAGAAAGGAAAAACCAAGAUCUGGAAAAAGCAGUGGCUAUAAUCAGAUUGGAGCAGAUCUCACCAUUUCCUUUUGAUUUGCUAAAAGAGGAAAUUGAGAAGUAUGCUAAAGCUGAGCUUGUUUGGUGUCAAGAAGAGCACAAGAACAUAGGCUACUACGACUAUGUCAAACCUCGUUUCCGGACCAUUGUGAACCAUACUCGACCUAUAUGGUAUGUUGGUCGUGAACCAGCUGCUGCUCCAGCGACAGGUAACAAAAACACUCAUCUUGUGUCACUCCGAAGAUUUUUGGACACAGCCUUCAACCUGGAGGCAUUUGAAGGAAAGACAUUUUGAUCUUAAUCUUGUGUUCCAUUUCUCCAUUCUCUAGAAUUUAUGUAUUUAGGGAAGGAAGGCCAUGACCAUAAAAAGGAAAUAAAAGUUAGUUGAGGGCUUGAAUUUUUCAGGCGAGGAGGUAGAUGGCUCUUCCAAAAAAUUAUCAGACUAGUCUCUCCUGUAUGCUGUAAAUGUUAGAGGUAACUUCUGACUCUGUUAAUUUGGUUUUAAGAAUUACAGCACUGCUACCUCUUAGUGAAGAGACAGUGUAACCAAGUUUUGUGCUUUAAGUUUGGGAACAUUCAAAUUAGACUGGAUCAGCAUUUGGCAGCAUUUUUUAGUGAUCUUCCCUUCGUUAACUUUCUGUAUGUAUAAAUGGUAUAUAGAAUCUAGUCAAAAUUCUGACUUGCCUUCUGCUUAGCUACCCAGAUUAAUUCUUAGGGUUGCACUGAGAGAAGUACCAUGCAUUGACUACCUUGAUCAUCAGAAUCAACAAAAUCAACAAAUUUUGCAAGCAAAAGAGAUGCCAAGAUAAGAUAGAUAUAUUAAAAAUAUAAUUUUGGAGUAACUCUGACUUACCAUGUUGAUACUUCUUAAUCUUGCAACCUAGCUUGUAAUUUUCAGUGAAAAGUCUCAAAAAGCUGGCCAAUAUUAUGUUGCCCUGGAUAUUGUUAAAUGUAGCAGUAGUAAUUGUAAGAAUAAUAAAAUAUAAUGCAUCAGAAAUAUUCCAUCAGAAUUUGAUUACGCGCCAUCAAGUCAGUGUUGACUCUUAGCAACCACAUUGAUUUUCUCCCAGAGAAUCUGUCCCCACCUGGUUCUUCAGGUAUUCCAACAGUUAAUGUAUGCCUUUAUAUGCUGUAGUUUCACUUUUGCUUAGAACUGGAAUGACUGUUGCAUAGAAAGCUGAAAUGAGGCAAAACAUUUGGAGUUUUUCUUUUUCUUUUUUUAAGAAUUUCAAAGGGAAUGACAAUGCGGUUUAAAUAAUAAUGAGUCUAUAUAUUUCACAAGGAAGGUCAUCUCAGUGGAACUUGAAAUAUUUUCUGUCUUCUUUUCAGUAAUAAAUGCUCUU